AUGCGGGAGCCUCGCCCCCGCCCCCGGGGGACCUGCGUGCGGGCAGCGCUCACCGCUGCGCUCCUCCUGGGCUGCUGGGGGCUCCCCGCCGUCCCGCAGGGGCUCCUUCAGGCUCCGGAGCCCGAGGAGGUGACUCCGCACCUGCGCCCUGACGCCCCCACGGAAGGCCCGCCUUCCUCUCCCCCCCAGAGCCACCCCCCACCCGUCCUGCACCUGGGGCUGCUGGUGGCCGUGGGCCCUGACGUCUACCAGGCUCACCGGGAGGACACAGAGCGGUACGUGCUCACCAGCCUCCACGUGGGUUCGGAGCUGCUGCGGGACCCGUCCCUGGGGGCGCAGUUCCGGGUGCACCUGGUGCGGAUGGUCACCCUGACGCAACCCGAGGGCGCCCCGAACAUCACGGCCAACAUCAGCUCCUCGCUGCGGAGCGUCUGUGAGUGGGGCCGGGCCGUCAACCCCCAGAACGACUCGGACCCCGCGCACGCCGACCUGGUCCUCUACAUCACCAGGUUUGACCUGGAGCUGCCUGACGGUAACCGGCAGGUUCGGGGGGUCACCCAGCUGGGGGGCGUCUGCUCCUCCUCGUGGGGCUGCCUCAUCGCGGAGGACACUGGCUUCGACCUGGGGGUCACCAUUGCCCACGAGAUCGGGCACAGCUUUGGCCUGGAGCACGACGGCGAGCCCGGCAGCGGCUGCGCGCCCAGCGGCCACGUGAUGGGCGCCCCCGGCGCCCCGCCUGCCCAAGGGGGCCUCGCGUGGUCCGCCUGCAGCCGCCGGCAGCUGCUGCACCUGCUCAGCGCAGGACGGGCGCGCUGUGUGUUGGACCCGCCGGCGCCACAGUCCGGACCCACAGGGCGCCCCCCACGGGCACACCCCGGUCUCUACUACGGGGCCAACGAGCAGUGCCGCAUGGCCUUCGGCCCUUCGGCGGUGGCCUGCACGUUCGCCAGGGAGAACCUGGACACGUGCCAGGCCCUGUCAUGCCACACAGACCCCCUGGACCACGGCAGCUGCAGCCGCCUGCUCGUCCCUCUCCUGGACUGGACAGAGUGCGGCCCGGAGAAGUGGUGCUCCAAGGGCCGCUGCCUCGCCCUGGCGGAGCUGCCCCCCGUGGAGGCGGUGCACGGGCACUGGUCAGCGUGGGGCGCCCCCAGCCCUUGCUCCCGCUCCUGCGGAGGAGGCGUGGCCACCAGGAGGCGGCAGUGCAACAACCCCAGACCUGCCUUCGGGGGGCUCCCAUGCACCGGCGCCGACCUGCAGGCCGAGAUGUGCAACACCCAGGCCUGCAAGACCACCCAGCUGGAGUUCAUGGCUGAGCAGUGCUCCCGGACGGACCGGGACCCUCUGCACCUGUCCCCAGGCAACGCCUCCUUCUACCGCUGGGGCCCUGCCGUGCGGCACAGCCAAGGGGACGCUCUGUGCAGACACAUGUGCCGGGCCAUUGGCGAGAGCUUCAUGGUGAGGCGUGGGGACAGCUUCCUGGACGGGACCCGGUGUGUGCCCAGCGGCCCUCCGGAGGACGGGACCCUGAGCCUCUGUGUGAGGGGCCGCUGCAGGACGUUCGGCUGUGACGGCCGGAUGGACUCGCAGCAGGUGCCAGACGUGUGCCAGGUGUGCGGGGGCGACAACAGCACCUGCAGCGCGCAGCGCGGCUCCUUCACGGCCGGAAGGGCCAGAGAGUACGUCACGUUCCUGACGCUGACCCCCAACCUGACCAGCGUGUACGUCGCCAACCACAGGCCGCUCUUCACGCACCUGGCGGUGAGGGUCCGAGGGCGCUACGUCGUGGCCGGGAACUCAAGCAUGUCUCCUAGCACCACGCUCCCCUCGCCCCUGGAGGACAGCCCCGUCGAGUACAAGGUGACCCUCUCGGAGGACCGGCUGCCCCGCCUGGAGGAGAUCCGCAUCCGAGGGCCCACGCGGGAGCACGUGGAGAUCCAGGUUUACCGGCGCUACGGCGACCAGUACGGCGACCUCAGCCGCCCGGACGUGUCCUUCACCUACUUCCGGCCUAAGCUGCAGCCGGCCUGGGCGUGGGCCGCCGUGCGGGGGUCCUGCUCGGUGAGCUGCGGGGCAGGGCAGCGAUGGGUGACCUACGGCUGCCGGGACCAGGCCGGGGGCCAGUGGGUGGAGGCCGCCCUGUGCGGAGGGAGCCUGCGGCCGGCGGCCUGGCCGGAGCCCUGCAGCCCCGGGCCCUGCCCUCCGAGGGGGGCGGUGUCAGGCGCGGGCUCGCCCGCCGGUGGAGCGGACCCGGCCGUGCAGAACGAGACGCGUGGGCAGGGGGCAGGGGGCCUGGAGGCAGCGGCGACUGCUGGGCCCUGCUCCCCGGACAAGAAGUCAGCUGCCCCUGAGCCCUGUGCCGGGGUGUCACGUCCUCCGGGCCGGGGCCACCGGGACCCCCAGCCUCCGGGGCAGGAGGCUGCAUCCCCACCAGGCGCUGCCGGGCCGGGGGCUCAGGCUGCACACACAUGGACGCCGCUGGCGGGGCCCUGCUCCGUGUCCUGCGGGAGAGGCCGGAUGGAGCUGCGCUUUGUGUGCGUGGACUCGGCCCUCAGGACCCCUGUCCCGGAGCAGCUGUGUGGCCCGGCGAGCGAGCCGGGGAGCCGGUGGGAGGUCUGCCGGGCUGCCCCGUGCCCGGCGCGGUGGCGGUACAAGCUGGCGGCCUGCAGCGUGAGCUGUGGCGGGGGGCUCGUGCGGAGGAUCCUGUACUGCGCCCGGGCCCACGGGGAGGACGAGGAGAUCCUGCCGGACACCCAGUGCCAGGGGCUGCCUCAGCCCGAGCGGCAGGAGGCCUGCCACCCGGAGCCCUGCCCGCCCAGGUGGAAAGUCACGGCCCUCGGCCCCUGCUCAGCCAGCUGUGGCCUCGGCACCGCCACGCGCUCCGUGGCCUGCGUGCAGCUGGACCGAGGCCACGACGUGGAGGUGGACGGGGCGGCCUGCGCGGCUCUGGUGCGGCCGCGGGCCAGCAUCCCCUGCGUGGUUGCCGACUGCGCGCACCAGUGGCACGUGAGCACCUGGACGCAGUGCUCCGUCUCCUGUGGGGAUGGCAUCCAGCACCGGCGGGUCACCUGCCUGGGACCCGGGGCCCAGGGGCCCGUGCCAGCCGACCUCUGCCGGCACCUGCCCACGCCAGCGGCGGUGCGGGGCUGCUGGGCCGGGCCCUGCGCAGAGGAGGGGACGCCCAGCCUGGCACCCCGCGAGGAAGCCGCUGCUCCGGGACAGAGCACAGCCGGCCCUGCCGCUGCCCCCCCGGAGUGGCCCCAGCCCUGGGCGCGCCUCCUCGCCCCAGCUGCCCGGACCCGGGAGUCCCUCCGGGGGCCCCAGGAAAGCCUUGUGGAGUCCAGUCCCUGUGGCCGGCAGCUCCUGGAGCCCACGGGAACUGUCGACCUGCGAGGCCCCGGGCAGGUGGACUGUGUGGUGGCCAUCGGGCGGCCGCUGGGAGAGGUGGUGACCCUGCAGGUCCUCGAGAGCUCCCUCAACUGCAGCGCCGGGGACAUGCUGCUGCUCUGGGGCCGGCUCACGUGGAGGAGGACGUGCCGGAAGCUGUCCGGCGGGACGUUCAGCUCCAGAGCCAACACCCUGGUGGUGAGGCAGCGUCGCACGCGGUCGGGAGACGGAGUGGUGCUGCGCUAUUCCAGCUGGCCAGCCCCGAGAGCCGGGCACGGAGAAUGCGACACGCAGCUCUUUGGACCCUGGGGUGAAAUUGUGAGCCCACCGAUGAGUCCAGAUAGGAGGCCUGUGGGGGGCUGCCGCAUCUUCAUCGACGUGGCUCCGUGGGCCCGCAUCGCCAUCCACGCCCUGGCCACCGACGCGGGCGCUGGAACUGCCGGGUCUGGGGCCGGCUACAUCUUGAUCCGGGACAUCCACAGCCUGAAAACGACGACGUUCCGCGGGCAGCAAGCGCUCUACUGGGAGUCAGAGGGCAGCCAGGCUGAGAUGGAGUUUAGCCAGGACUUCCUGGAGACACAGGCCCGCCUGCGCGGCCAGUACUGGACACUCCAGUCUAGAGCGCAGCGGCCCUAGCUUCCUCUCCAAGCACACCCCUCAGCUGGCCGCGGGGGGCCUCCUUCCCGUUCUGGAAGGGAGCGGAGGGAGCCAGGCAUUUGCGAGCACCUGGCCAGCUCCGGGGUGCUUUCCCCGUUUGAAUUCCAUCCAAUCCUAUCGCCUUUACCCCCUCCUCCGACGCGCAAAACGUUACUGGGUGGGAGGGGGGACUCUCGGGAAAGCCCUUUGGGAAUCAAUAAACAGAACGUGCGGUCUGACUGGCGUUUUCC